UAAAAGAGAGAGCAGAAACAAGAGACGGACACUUAAACCUAUUUGCCUUUUUCUCUCUUCACUUCUCUCUCUAACAAGAAGCUCUCAGUGAUCAUCAUCAAUGGCGACUUCUCUCUCCUUCAUGUCAACAGACCAAAACUCUUCUCUCUCCUUCAUGUCAACAAACCAAAACCCCGUCAGAAACCCAAACGAGCUCCUCGGAAACACUUACCAGCUUGUCAACGGCGAGAUCCGGACAGAGCCGCCAAAGAAGAGCCGUGGUCGGAAACCUGGAUCCAAGACAGGUCAGCAAAACCUGAAGAAACCGACGCUGAGAGGAAUGGGCGUGGCGAAGCUCGAGAGAUUCAUAGCUGAAGAAGAGAAGAAGAAAAUGGUCGUCACCGGAGGAGAAGGAGGAGGAGGAGGAGACACGUCAGCAGCGAGCCCUAACAGCGCUACACGUUUCCCCGACCGUGGUGUUGUGCUACAAGGGUUUCCAAGCUACGGUGGUGGACCCACCAACACGUCUCUCGGAGGUUACAGUCGAAGCAGGUUCCUUUGCGGCGGCGGCGGGUCGGGUCAGAUCGUGAUCGACCCGGUUUGUUCUCCAUGGGGUUUUGUUGAGACGACCACUCACGAGCUCUCUUCAAUCCCAAAUCCUCAGAUGUAUAACGUCAAUAAUCACUGUGACACUUGCUUCAAGAAGAAACGGUUGGACGGAGAUCAAAAUGUGGUAAGAUCCAACGGUGGUGGGUUUUCCAAAUACACAAUGAUGAUUCCUCAUCCUCCAAUGAACGGCUACGAUGAGCUUCUUCCACCAGAUCAGAGGAGCCAAGGCUUCUUUUAUGAUCAAAGAAUCGGUAGAUCAGCUUCUGCUUCCUUUAAUCCGUAUUUUAAUGAGGCGACAAAUCUUACGGGAUCAAGGGAGGAGUUUGGUAGCGUAAACCCUAGAAACGGGACAAGAGGUGUGAAGGAGUACGAGUUUUUCCCGGGGAAAUACGAUGAUUUCCAAGGAAAAUCGUUCCCAGUGGCUACAUCAGUAGGUGAAUGCAGUCCUAAUGCAUCUACAAUCGAUCUGUCCUUGAAGCUUUAAAUGUUCUUAAAUUUUUGCUCUCUCUCUCUCUCUUUCUAUAAAAUGUUUAAACAAAUCGUCUUUUUCCGUUUGUUAUAAUGAAGUAGACGAAAGUAUGAAUCAAAAAGAAAGAAAAACCUUUUUUGGUGUAUGCAUCCUGGAGGCUGAAUCAAAGAACGAUUCAGCUUUUUGAUUACUAUUUCGGUUGUUUAUUAUGA